AUGUAAUUUAUUCUCUUAAUUGUCUGUAUUGUUGCAUUUGUCGAUUGUAAAAUGAAAGUUCUGAGACCUCCUGAUUUAGUUGAUCAUUUAGGCUCAAAAGUUAACAUUGCAUUAGCUAAUUUUGGGUUUGAAAUUAUUUAUAUCUAAUUAGUUAAAUUCCAUUCGGACAUAGACUAAUGGGUUAUGUUGAUAUGGCUUAACCUAAUGAUGGAUGCAGUCCUCUUCAAUCAGCUACUGGAAGUCAAUUUAUAAUGAUAGAAAGGGGAAACUGUACUUUCGUCACUAAGGUAAGGAAUGCUUAGAAUGCUGGAUACUCAUUAGCUAUUAUUGGUAAUAAUAAUGAUGAGCCUUUAUAAUCUGAUUUUGUAAUGGCUGAUGACGGUCAAGGAUAUUCUGUAUUAAAUUAAAACAAUACAAUAGGUCAAUAUUCCAUCAAUAUUUAUUUCAUUAAGAGAUUUUAAUAUAAUGAAGGAAUAUGCUUCAAAUUAUAAAGUCCUUGAUAAUUCAGAUGAUAAGAUUUUUAUUUUAGUGAAAUUUGAUGUUGAAAAAAAGGAUCAAAUAGAUGUAAUAUUUAGUUUGGAUGUAAAUGAUAGAGAUUCAUAUAGAGUAGUUGAUGAAUACUCUUAAUAUUAUAAUCUUUUGUAAAAUGAGAAUAUUAAUUAUACAUUGGUUUAUUAAAUUUUCAAUUCUAAUAAUACAGAAUUAGAUUAUAUAAUUGAUGAAGAUAAUUGUAUUUGUUCAAGAAGAUAUUGUUCAAUUGAUCCAGAUGGAGAAGGUAUAGCAUCAGGAAGAAAUGUAGUUGAAGAAGCUAUUAGAUAAACAUGUAUAUUUAAACUUUUUCCAGAUAAAUAUUUUCAAUAUAUGGUAAAGAUGAUAUAUUUAUAUUUAGAAUUAAUUUAAUUUUUAAUGUACUAAAGCUCAAGCUUAUUCUACUUGUGGAAGUAAAAUAAUAACCAAUUUACAAUUGUCAGCAAAUGAAAUUACUAAAUGUAGAGAUGAGUCUUUUAAAGAUCCUUUAAAUGAUUAAACAACUAAGAAUCUAUCAAAUGCUUAUAAUGCUAUUUUGGAACAUUAAUUAAUAGUAAGAGAAUAGGCUGGUAUGGUGGGAUUACCAUCAGUGGUUGUAAAUUCUAUAGUUUAUAAAGGAUAAUUAACAGGCAAAGGAGUUUUUGGUGAAAUAUGCAAUAGUAAUACUUUUUAUUUUAUAUAAUAGGUUUUAUUAUUCCUCCUUUGGUUUGUAAAUCUGAAGUAGAAAAUUUUUAUUAAUUUGAACAUCAAAGUUAACAUUAUUUAUUUUUGGUGAUACUUUUAGUUUCUAUACUAAUAGCAAUUUUUAUUAUAGUUCUAUUCUUUUUGUUCAAAAAGUUUGUACAAAGAGAUAGUGUUGAAGUUACUUAAGUUUAAGUUAAUGAAAUGGUUAGUCAAUAUAUUAAAUUUUAUGAAGGAAAAGAUUAAUAAAAAUAAAAUUCUUUUUGA